UUACUAGUGAGAAGAACGAAUAAAAAAAAAGCUGUGAAAGUGUAAUUGUGCAAAACCAUAGAAACAACCCGCUAACCCCGGGGUGUGUAUGUGCGAAGAAUUACAAGUGUGACUGGAGUGCAACGACUGUUCCAAUCCCUCCAGCAGUAGUUGUGUGUUGCAAGUGCAUUCACUGCCGUUUCCCGUACCCUGUGCUGUCCUACCAGAAACAGAAACAAAACAUGACCGCCGAUCUAAUGGAUUUACGGAUGCACCAUCACCUAGCGCUGCAGACGGAGUUCUACCGGAUGCAGAUGCAGCGUUUGCCCGAUCCGUACCCGGCGAUGCUGCCAGUGCCAGCGCCACGGCCACUGAUGAUACCGCCACGGUACAACGCGCUGCCGGACGUGGACAUCAAGCUGCAGAACCGCGAUCUGUGGAGCCAGUUCCACAAGAUCGGCACCGAGAUGAUCAUCACCAAGAGUGGACGACGUAUGUUUCCCUCGAUGCGUCUUUCAGUGAACGGGCUGGAGGCGGAAGAGAACUACUUCAUCCUGCUGGAGAUGGUCCCGAUCAGCGACUGUCGGUUCAAGUUCAGCGGCUCGCAGUGGGUACCGGCGGGCGGUGCCGAACCGCAAAGCCCCCAGCGCAUCUACUUCCAUCCGGAUGGGCCAGCACUCGGGUCGCACUGGACGUCGCAACCGAUCGUCUUCAACAAGGUGAAGCUCACCAACAACACGCUGGACAGUAAUGGCCAUAUUGUGUUGACCAGCAUGCACAAAUAUCAGCCCCGUAUUCACGUGAUCAAAGCCUCCGAUGCUACCCAAAUUCCGUGGGCACCCCAGCAAGCGUUUACCUUCCCCGAGACGGAGUUUGUCGCCGUUACUGCCUAUCAGAAUGAUCGCAUCACGAAGCUAAAGAUCGACAACAACCCAUUCGCGAAGGGCUUCCGGGAGACGGGUCAGUCUCGGUGCAAGCGCAAGGCCGGUCUGCUGAUGUCGCCCGACUCGGGCCUUGGAAAUCGCAGCUCAGAGGAGGAGGAUGAAUCGGACGGCCAGGAAGCAGGUCCGGAAGCGAAGCGUCCCCGUACCAGCAGCCUUGCCGGGUCGCUAUCCUCCCUCGACGACAGUGAGCUGUCCGUCAGUGAUGGUUCGUCCAGCGGCACUAGCUCACCGCUCGUCGUGGAUGACUUCGGUUCGCCUGUACGUCCUUCACCCUCGGCCGCCGGUGCAUUCUACCAGAACCAUCACCCGGGCUUCGCGAUGCAGGCGGGACUAUUCCCCACCCAGCACCAUCAUCAGCAUCACCACCAUCAACUCUCGCACCCAAUGCUGCACCAGACCGGCGGUGGCUCGUGGAUGGAUCUAAUGUUCCCGUCGUUUGCGCGUCCCCAAGCUGCCGGCUCACCGCACGGUCUGGAACCGAGCGCGCUGGUGCAGGCGGCUCAGCAGCUGCAACAGUUUGCUCGGCGUGAGUUCCUUCCCCUACCGGUUUCAUCACCCCGGACACCGAAUAGCAGCAGCAGCAGCAGCAGCAGCACAACCAGCAGCGAAGAUGAUAGCACGAGCAGAAAGCAGCAGCUUCCACAGCACACGCUACCCUUCAGCAUCUCCGCCAUUCUUGGGCACGACCGGUAGAACGAUCGUCAUGGAGUCAAUGGUGUGAAUUGUUUGCCCAAACAAGAACACCGUGGUUGGCCUGCAGAGGGGGAAACGUAAAACGCAAUGGCUGUGAUGGCAGCGGGAUCAUCAUCCAGGAAACUCUCCCCUCCCCGCAAAGGAAAGCAAAGCCCUGCGGAAAGCUCGAGCAAACAUCUCCAUCUCGUGGCGUGUGUUUGUACUAAGUGUCUGUGCAAACGGUGUGCUUGGAGCUUGGAGAUCGGUGGUGAGCUGCGGCAGACACAGCACCAUUUGUUUUGCGUUUGUUUGAAGGUGUAGAAGCAGAACGAACGAGCCCAACGAGGGCGCUCUGCAGUGUGAAAGGUAGAAAGUGCUACAAACUCUCCGUUUCCCCAAACAUCCCCCCUUCCCCCUUUUGUGCAAUUGGAUAGAAUGAAAGCCCGCGAUGGAAUGCGAUCAACAAAUCUGGUGAUGGAGUCUGUCUUGCAAGUUCAUUUUACCUGACAGUAUGGUGAUGCUUGUACGAUCGAUCUACAUUUCUUCCUCUCGAAGAAAAAUGCAUCCAACUAAGGCUAGAGCCAUGGUUAUGGUGAGUUAGUAUGAGACUGUUAAUUAUUUUUAAGGCCAAAUAUUCAUCGGACCUCAGGGAAAGUAGCAGUAGUAGCUGUGUAGGAUCCUCAUCCUUUUUUGUUUCUAUCUAAAGAUUACGCCUUUAACAGACCAAAUGGUACUUUUCGUUUUCUUCGGUAUUAAGCUAGGCAAGUUUUAGCGCAUCAUUAAAUUAUUAUCUUUACUACUGUAUGAAGUUUAGAUUUAGCAGGUGUUAGGAAGCAAUCGGACGAGUUUAGGGUGCGUACUGUGUCACGCCAUUUUUACCUGUUGUGUUAGUGUGUAGGAAUGUUGCAGAUGCAAAACAUGAAACCAGUAAAGAAGUACAUUGUAAGCGAAUAUCUCAUUAGAAAGUAAGUGAACCCAACCAACGAUGUAGAGCGAGAAAUAAAUGGAAAAAUGAAAUUAUAAAACCUAAUCAAUCUGU